AUGGAGAUGGAACCACAGGAACGGCAUCAGACGUUUGCAAGUUUUGCACGUGCCCUUCAAGACUUUAGGAUUGCUUGUCAUGAGGGCUAUACCUCAGAGGAUGUUUUUGGGGUCGUCAAAGACUUCAGAUCCAUAUCAGGUUCCGCAGCCCUCGAAUUAACUCAAUCCGGCGAAGAUGAAAUAGCAUAUGAGAACUGGGAACUGGAGGCCAAACUGUGGCAUCUUUUUGAUUUACUUUUUAGCUACAGAGUGGCAGAAGACACCCUCGAAGAAGUAGUGGUUCAUCCUUACAGUAGUAACGCUGUCUACAAAAAGGAAUUGCUAGACAACGACCACUCUCUCUACGAAAUUUGGUUGGUUAUAGUUUGGAUUCAAGCUAAUUUAGCCGAUCCCAAAAGGCCUCAAAUGUUGCCGUCGUCUAAGUGGUCACACUCUGUGAUAUCAGGAGGUUUAAAAAGUUGUGAUAUGGAUUACCCUUUACGUGAUCAUGAAGCGGUUCUGGAUCCGAAAGAUGUAGAAGAGGAUGGAAUCUUCUUCAAGUAUGUUUAUGAACUUCUUUUAGCUGGAAAUUUUGAAGAAAUUAGAAAAGAAUGUGAACAUUCGGAUAACUUAACAUUGAGUAUGAUUCUAUGUGGGGCAGAAGAGUACAUAGAUCCAAGAACAGACACGACAGUUGAUGAUUCACUAAAAACACAGGAAGGUAUUAAAAAGAAAGCAUUGUGGAGAAGAGCGGUGUACUCUCUUUCAUUGAACACAAAAUUAGACAAGUAUGAAAGGGCUAUUUAUUCAUAUUUGGCCGGCACUGUCAUUGAUGACUUGAACAUCGAUCUUGAAUGGGAUUCUGAACUUCUGCUGUACUUAAACCAGCUAUGGCAAACAACUAUUGAAAACUUCCUAAUUAAGCAAGGAAGGGUAGAUAAAAACGAACUAAUUGUAAGCAUUCCCUCAGUUCCAGUCCCCAUUCAAAAAAUCCUAAAUAUUGUGUCAUCAAAACACCCUAAUCAAAGUGAACAUCCUAUAAGAGUUUUAAUUGGCGCCACAAUCCUAGAUAAUCUAUCCUCUAUCAUUAAGUCAUCGAUUGAAAUGCUUUUGGAUGUUGUUAAGGGAAUCGAGUCCAAUAAUGACCUUUUCACGGAGCCUUAUUUACUACGAAUUGUAACCCACCUUGCCAUUUUUAUUAAUAUCAUACGCCCUGAAACUAUUGACGAAGUUGACAAGUCCAAAUUGAUAACGGCAUAUGUUACGAUUCUUUCACUAUAUGAGCUUUAUGAUCUCGUCCCGGUUUACAUCAGUUUUCUAAAUGAAGAAGACGCAAAAGAGGCAUACUCUUUCUUUUUGUCAAACUUGACAGAUGCACAGGUAAGGCACAAGCAGCUUGAGCUAAGUGUAUUGCUGCAAUUACCAAUUGCUAAUAUUCUUAGAAGAACGACUCAAAGAAUUUUUGCGGACACUGAAGAUUAUUAUAAACCGGACCUUGUGGUGAAUAUGACGUUAGAGACUACACCCAUUGAUAGACGUCUCAUGCUUGCUGUUGAGUGGCUAAUCGAGGGAAAGCUUUACGUCGAUGCGAUGGACGCAGUGAUCGCAUUAUCAAGAAGAUUCUUAAUUAAUGGCAGGAUUAAAGCGCUGGAAUCCUUCUUCGGUCAAUGUGACAUUGAAACCGUGAUAAAAAAUUACGAAGUCGACACAAUGUCAUCAAACAGUGAAAACUCGUCACAGGCUUCGUUGGAGAUACGCCAAUACCAACUGCUAGUAGCAGGGUUUAUGAAACUUGAUGAAUGGAACAGUUUGUCCAAUAAUAGCACAUCCACAAGUGAUGUUUCUUCCCGCAUCAAAGACUUCAAGGAUAUGUCAGAGUCUACGUAUACCUUGAUUAAGUCAUUUUUGGUAGACCUUACAGAAAACAAGAAUAGUGAAGAAAACGAUACCAUUUAUGAGAUUCGUGCUUUAUACACCCCUUAUCUGGUGAUUGAGCUCCACAAAGUCUUGGUUCAUGCAUCAAAGAUUUUCAACAUUACUAGCUUCAUCAAUGAAGCUUUACUUUUGGCAAACAUGGUCGCCAAUGAGACGGACAGAAUAUAUUUGUUAUUCAAAUCCAGUGGGCGCUUGCAAGAGUAUCUACAACUAAUAGCCAAUACUGCUACAUUAGUAGCUCCAUAA